GGCCGGCGACGUGCUCGUCGCGCGCGAUCAGCUGUUUGUGUCGUCGUCCAUGCGCGCGCGCUCUUCAACCGCGGGACACGUGAAGUCAGCCCGCGAUUCCGGAUCGCAAUACUACAAUAACACUGCGGAUAUCGUCAUCGCGCACACGCGGAGACUCGGACCAAGACGGUAGCAACUGUGGCUGCAGCGGUGCGACACACCAUACGGCAGAUGUCCCCGUGCGCCGUCGGAUACGAAUCCAUACUGUUAGCCGACCAGAAGUACGAAGACCGCGGAAGACCUGUACCGUCGCCACCGAAUCCGACGGGAUCGACACGCAACGGCAGGCUACGACCGCGUCCAGAGGAUCGCCAAAAGUUGCGGUCUGACGCAGACGCCGCGACCGACGUGUCCGCGCUGUGUCGACACUUUUUGGCCGCCUACAACAUACGACCGGACUUUUUUUGCAAGUUCCAGGGCAGAACCAAUUUGCUGCAAUGUCAACAAUCAGACGCGUCCUGUUCAAACGAGGCUGUGCACUUGCAACAACGGUUGCGAAGUCUAAGCACCGAGUUGGUCACACUCCGGAACAGUUUGAACCAGGGCCAAGGAGCGGCAGCGGCGCACGGUGGCCAGGGUUGUCCUCAGCCGGCUGCUAUCAAACAAUCUCCCGGAUCGAAUUUCGCCGGAAACAACAAUAAUAACAGCAACAACAACAACAAUAACACCAUACUGGCCGCCGAUAAACUGUUCAAGGGCAAAGAAGAAUCGCAAAACGGCGGCCAAGCUGCCACCGCCGUUGCAAAAUGUCUAAAUGCUACGCAGUCGGCGACUUCGACGACCGCAGUGGCAACGCAGCAAAAGACUGAAUCGAAUCACCAGCGGACACACCGCCGGUCGUUCCAUGGACCGCCGACGGCCGCCGGAAACGGACCCGGCAGCAACGGAUCGACCGCGGGCGGAGGCGGUGACUUAAUCCAUCUCCCCGGGCCGUUGACCGAGGAUGCCGUGCUCAAGGCGCUGCAAAGUCGGUUCUGCGCCACGCAAAUGUUUACCAACGUAGGACCAAUUCUGUUGUGUAUGAACUCGUACAAAGACAUCGGCAAUCCGAUGACGCUCACCAGUAUGAGAGGCGCUACACUAGACUUAAAGUUGCACAAGGUAAUUCUGGACGCGGUGAGACAGCAGACCGAAUCCGGAUAUCCACAGGCGAUCAUACUGUCUGGUGUUAGUGGUUCUGGUAAGACGUACGCUUCGAUGUUACUACUGAGACAGUUGUUCGACGUAGCCGGAGGUGGACCUGAAACGGACGCUUUCAAACAUCUGGCCGCCGCGUUCACCGUUCUGAGGUCAUUGGGAUCCGCCAAAACGUCUUCGAAUUCGGAAUCUAGUCGAAUCGGUCAUUUCAUUGAAGUACAAGUAACCGACGGUGCUCUAUACAGGACUAAAAUACACUGUUAUUUCUUGGACCAAACCCGAGUAGUACACCCUCUGCCAAACGAAAAAAACUAUCAUAUAUUUUACCAGAUGCUAGCCGGUCUAUCUCAGGAAGAAAGAGUGAAAUUAAACUUGGAAGGAUAUUCGCCGUCUAAUCUCCAGUACCUGAUGCAAGGCGACACCAGACAGGAUGAAGCCGAAGACGCUAUUAGAUUUCAAUCGUGGAAAUCGUGCUUAGGUCUCCUCGGCAUUCCAUUCAUGGACGUCGUGAGGGUUUUAGCCGCGGUGCUGCUUUUGGGCAACGUUAAUUUCGUCGACAACGGAUCUGGCGAGGUAGUGGCUAAGGGCGAAACCGAAUUGGCGUCAGUGGCCCGACUACUGGGCAUCACGUUCCCGUCGCUCUUCCGCGGCAUCACCACCAGGACACAUUCAGAAACUACCCGGGGGAACACCCAACUGAUAAAAACGACUUGCGACGCAAACACAGCCAAUUCGAUUAGAGAUUCUCUGGCCAAGGCGUUGUACUGCAGGACGGUGGCGACUAUCGUGCGCCGAGCGAACAGUCUGAAACGACUAGGUUCGACAUUGGGCACGUUGAGCAGCGAUUCCAACGAUUCGGUUCACAAUCAGGCCGAGGUCGCCAGUCAGCACGCUUCCACCAUCGGCACGGCCGGUUCCAAGUCGAGCAAGUCGAUGGCCGCGCUCAACAAUGCCGUGAACAUCGCUAGGCAUGCCACGGACGGGUCCAUCGGGAUAUUGGACAUGUUCGGGUUCGAAGAACCAAAACCAAGUCAACUCGAACACUUGUGUAUCAAUCUUUGCGCCGAGACGAUGCAGCAUUUCUACAAUACACAUAUAUUCAAAUCCAGCAUCGAAUCCUGUCGCGACGAGGGGAUACACUGCGACGUGGAAGUCGAUUACGUCGACAACGUUCCCUGCAUAGAUCUCAUAUCUUCGUUGAGAACUGGCUUGUUAAGCAUGUUGGACGUCGAGUGUUCCAUCAACGGAUCCGUGGAACUGUAUCUGAGAAAAGUGAAAUCUCAACACAGAAACAACCCAAGACUUUUCGAACCCAAGUCGGUUGAACACAAAUCAUUCGGCAUACAACAUUUUGCCGGCAGAGUCGUGUACGACGCUUCGGAUUUCCUAGAAACCAACAAAGACGUAGUGCCCGAUGAUUUAGUAUCCGUUUUUCACAAGCAGUCGUGUUCGUUCGGUUUCGCCACGCAUCUGUUUGGGAGUGAACUGAAAGCGUUGUACAGCAUAGAAACAGUACCCAGAGGAAUCAAAUUUCGAAUAUCACCGACUUCGCAUUCCGAUCUUUUAAACGGCAACGAGCCUGUAUCGACGUUAACUCAAGACUUCCACACGCGGCUUGACAACCUGCUAAGAUCGCUGGUGCACGCCCGACCACAUUUCGUGCGUUGCAUUAAGGCGAAUUCGACCGAGACCCCGGACAAGUUCGACAGAGCGGUAGUCAUGCGACAGAUACGGUCAUUACAAGUCUUAGAAACAGUCAAUCUGAUGGCUGGAGGUUAUCCGCAUCGGAUGCGGUACAAGGCGUUCAACCUGAGGUAUAAAAUGCUGGCACCGUUCAACAAACUCUUGCGAACCGACGAUCGGGCGACCGAAGACUGCCAUCUGAUAUUACAAUGCAUCGAGGACAAAAUUGAUACGAAACAGAGCGAAGUGAGCAUGAGUUGGGCUUUUGGCAAGAGACAUGUCUUCUUAAGUGAGGGCGUAAGGCAACAUCUGGAAAAACUCCGGUGGCAGACUCAUCACAAUGCUGCUGUACUGAUACAGUGCACGUGGAGGAGCUGGAGGACCAGAAGAAAAUGGCCGGGCACUAAGCGAGUCAUGAUGCAAAUACAACAAGUGUCUAACCCGAUUGUACAAUGCCUCAACAACAAAAUGGGUAUGGGUGGAAGAAAAAUGACUUCUGGUAGUCAACUUCCUAACGCCGGAGUAACCAACAGCGGCACAGCGACUUUGACUAGACCCAGGCCACAGCCAAUAACGGGAACACCUCCUCCUGACCAGAUUGAGAAAUUCGAUCAGAAAAUAAUACAGACUUGUAACCUGUUUGGAUUGAAUCUGGAAAGACCUCCACCAUUACCUCCAAGUCGAUCAUACACGAUAUCUGGUAAUACAAAAAUGGGAUAUCCGCAAAGCCGUAUAAUGAAAAAAUCUUUUCCUGAAGAAGGAAACUGUGAUGUCGCGCUGAUGAAAGGUGACUCUGUGAUUGUAGUGGGUACAUCCAACAGGAGAGGACACCUGCUGGUCGAGCACUGCAAUAGAAGCUUGGACGUGCCAUUCCAAUUUUUGGAACUGAAACCAAGACCCGUCGCCAUCUAACGUCAUUUUCCCCUUAAUGUAGACAUUGAUGCUCAAACACGAAACUUAUGAUCAAACGUUAAUUUAUGUUCGCCUUAUGUAUUAUAUAAAUAUUGAUUGUUGAAUUUCUAGUGUAUAAAAUUACAUAUAUAUACGCUUCCGAAAAAAAUGCUUAUCUUAAUAAUAUAACUGUUAACUAACUGUACUGUAUAUAUAAAAAAAAAUACAUUUUAGUACAAAUUGAUGUUUUUCAUGCCUGUCGUGGAAAUAUAAUUUUAUAUUUAAGUAAUAAAUAUAUAA